AUGUAUAAUGUCUUUAGAUUCCAAAAGAAAAAAGACCUAGAUGAUCUCUAAUAAAUCAAACAAAUUAAAGAUGAGUAGUUAAACUAUAAGCAUAAAGAGUAAAGAGAAAUGCUUUCCUAGUAAUAUAAGAAAAGAGUGGCAAACUUUAUCAAAGAGAUGGCUGAAAAUCCAAUAGUUGAAAAUGAUUAGUACACCAAUAUCUAAGAGGACAAGAUAAAAUUAAACAAGAAAAAAUUUUUGAACACCUAAAUUAAUCAGGACAGGAAUAAUCUUCAAGAAUUAUUGCAUCCUGCGAGUUUUAGAUUUUAAGAUAAAGCCUCAGAUAGAUUACAAAAAUCCAAAAUCCAAAAUGAAUUCCUAGAUAUUAUUCCAAAUCCUAAUAUGAACCAGACAUUUCACAAAAUGAUUCGAUAAAGAAAUCAAGAGAAAGAACUUAAUGGAACUUUUAGAUUUAGAGCAUCUAAUUCUAUAGAUAGAGUAAUAGACAACGCCUCUACGUAUUACAUACAGCAAGAUGUUCAUCAUCAAUUGCAAAUGAAAUAGCAAGUUUAACAGCUGAACAGAAUGAAAGGCACAGAAAAAUCAUAGAUAACUGACAGGCAAUCAAUAAGUACUAAUACAGCGAGAUAAAUAAUAAAUCCAAAGGACAUAUUGCCAUCACUGCAUUAGAAAACUCAUUUUAAGGGAGCAACUACAUUCUUUAUGAAUACAUAAGAUGCUGGGAUACUUAAUUUCAACAAUAAUGAUCACUAGACUGAGAGUAUUUUCCAAGACUUAAAUGCAAUAGCAAUUAGAAAAGGAAUCAUAACCUAAGCUGAUGAAUCUCCUAAAUAAAUAGCUAAACCAAACAGAAGAUACAAAAGAUUGAUAAACAAAUCAAUGGAAAUUAAUAGCAGAAAUAAAGUCAAGAAUUAAAACUUAGGACUUUUAACUGAGCUGAAUAAUCAAGGUCAUCACUUAAAUGAUUCCAUAAACAAAUCAGUCUCCAUAAUGCCACGAGAUAUCAAUAAGACAAUAUCUAUUAAUGAUAUGCUUAUAGAAAAUAGCUUAAUGAUUGAAGAGGAAGAUGAGGACAGCAAAAUUUAUGAUUCAGUUCUAAGCGCGAGUAAUAAAAUUUACCAAAGAAAUAGCUAUAUGAAUAAAUAUAAAUUCAAUGACAAAGCGGAAUAAAAGCAUCACAAGCUUAAUUUGGACUACAAUAAGAUACAUAAUAUUACAAGAAAUGUACUUAAGAGCUGUAAUGUGUUGAGGAAAAAGAAUUUGAAUACAUUUUAGAACACUAAUGAUCUAUUUAGAGAAUAUACAAUGAAUACUAUACAGUGA